CAAGGAGACUACGGAUUGCCGGCGACUAGUACAGGUUUUGUUUCCACGCACGUCGCUCAGUCGGUUGGCUGACCAACAUUGACUUUAGUUCAGUUUGUGGCCCAAUUGCAUAACUUCCCUCCAUAUAGCUAAACGAUUAUCGGCUUCUUUUUCUCUUACACGCUAGUAUCCCGCCAAUGAAGAGGUUCGGGAUUCUAUCAGUUACCGAGGCUUUAUUGCGGACAAGAUGUUCGCAAAUUAGUCUUCGGAGUAUCUCGGAGCGGGGCUUAGGCCGCUUCGUCGCAGCCUACUCGACCAGCGAUGCAGCUGACAAGCUCCACAUUUGCGUUGUGGGCUCAGGCCCUGCGGGCUUCUACACUGUUGAUCGGCUGCUCAAGCGCUACGGGGACAAGGUGCACGUCUCCCUCUUGGACCGACUGCCCACCCCCUUCGGUCUGGUUCGGUCCGGAGUCGCUCCCGACCACCAGGAUACCAAGAACGUGAUCAACCAGUUCAGCCAGGUGGCCUCCGACCCGCGGGUCAGCUUCCUGGGCAACGUGACUGUGGGGCAGGACGUGCAGCUGCGGGAGCUGAGGCAGCUGCACCACGCGGUUGUGUUGUCGUACGGCGCCGAGAGCGACCGGCGGCUGGGUAUCCCCGGCGAGGAGGGCCCGGGUGUGCUGAGUGCGCGCGAGUUCGUGUGGUGGUACAACGGACACCCGGACGCAAGGGGGCUGAAUCUGGACCUGAGCAAGGUCCGCUCAGUUGCCAUCUGCGGUAUCGGCAACGUGGCCCUAGACUGCUGCCGGGCUCUGCUGGCCCCACCCACCCGCUUCCAGCCCACUGACAUGGCGGCACACGCGCUGGGGCAGCUGCUGGGGGCGGGGGCGGGGCCGAGGGAGGUGCACCUGGUGGCUAGGAGGGGGCCGGUGCAGGCCGCCUGCACGCCCAAGGAGCUCAAGGAGUUGCUCAGCGAGUGCGGAGUGGAGGCGGGCACUGCGGCACCCGACCAGCUGGCUGUAUCUGAGGCGGACGCAGCUGAGAUGAAGGCCACUCGCCUCAAGCGGCGCGUGCAUGAGCUGGUCAGCAAAGCGGUGGCAGACAGCCUGAAGCGGCAGCAGCAGGGCGGGGCGGGGGAGCGACGGCUGUGGUUCCAGUUCUACCGCAACCCGGUGGAGGUGCUGCGGGGGCCGGACGGGGGAGUCACGGGCCUCCGAGUGGAGCGCACCGCAGUCCGCCCCGGCCCCGAGGGCGGUCCUGCAGUAGCGGUGGGAACCGGGGAGUACGACACCCUCCCCUGCCAGCUGGUGCUCAAGAGCAUUGGGUACAAGUCGCUGCCGCUGCAGGGGGUUGCGUUCGACAGCCGCCGCGGAGUGGUCCCCAACGUGGAGGGGCGGGUGCUGCAGGCGGUCCCCGAAGCCUCCUCCACCGCUGCUCCUCCCCCAGUGGACCCGGGGCUCUAUGUGGUGGGCUGGCUCAAGCGCGGCCCCACCGGCAUUGUGGGAACAAACCUAGUGGACGCAGAGGAGACGGCUGCAAGCCUGGGCGCCGACACGGAGCAGCUCAAGAAGGCGGCUGAGGUGACCCACGGGUCGGCGGGGCCGGCGGGGUUGGCGGGGCUGCGGUCGCUUCUGAGCGAGCGGGGCGUGCGGGUGGUGAAUUGGGGGCACUGGCGGCGGCUGGACGAGCAUGAGGUGGCUGUGGGGCAGGCGGCGGGGCGGGUGCGGGAGAAGGUGACGGAUGUGGGGGAGAUGCUGCGGGUGUGCGGGCUGGCGGCGGAAUGAGGGCUGAGGGGUCGGGGGAGUGAGUGACGGGGGAGUGCGUUAGGGUCCAUGGAGGAGAAAUACCGGUAUUGGCAAUGCAAACAUUUUUGAGGUAGUAAUCAAGAUAAUGGACAAUGACUUCGACUUGAUGUUUAAAUAAGUACUGUCCAGCUGGGAAUUGGUGGUGUGAGUGGUGACUUGAGCGGCACAGGGGGGGCACGUAUGCAGGUGGGAUGCGGGACAGGUGCAGGGCUGGAGCCACAGGUGCGGGGUUGGAGCCACAGGUGCGGGCCAGGUUUGUUCGUUCCUAUGUAUGCGUAUGUGGUGCUUGUGAGAUAUGGGGAUAAACAGCAAGAAGAUGCAGUUAGGCGCGACUCUUGGAGGCGAACAGGGAGUCGUUGGCACUAGCAGUGCGAGUGGAGGUGGCAAAUGUAUCAACA